AUGCUUUUGAAAUUAUUAAUUAUUUGUAUUAUAUCCCAAAUAACGUUGCAGUGGAGAAUGCCAAUUAGAGCAAAUAAAACCAAUUUUAGAACUAUAAGUUAUAGUGUCCCUAAGAGGACACUCGGAGUCACUACUAAAACCCGUUUAUAUAUCGUUCCGACAAUAACAAAUUCCAAACAAAACUCUUUGAACCAGAACAAUUCUACCGUUAUGUACGAAGAUGAAAUUCCAGAUAUCUCUGAUAAGACAGACGACGAAAUUCUAGACAAUAUAAUGGAUAGAACGAAUGGCACUAGCAGUGAACAUUUUUAUGAUGACUCACCGGUAAAUGACAUUGUCUCCGAAAACGUAAUGAAUACUGAUAUUGAGAAAAGCAAUGAAGAUGCCGAUGCUUGA